AUGUACUCCUCCGCCAGCUUCCUCGGCGCCAUGCCCUCCUUCAUCCACCGCCUCGCCCGGCCCUUCACCUCCUCCGCGCGCCUCUCCCUCAACCCCUCCGAGGCCGCCGCCCUGCCCUCGGGCGCCCAGCGCGCCACCUUUGCCGCGGGCUGCUUCUGGGGCGUCGAGCACGAGUUCCGCAAGCACUUUGGCGGCGCCGAGAGGGGCCUGUACGACGCGCGCGUGGGCUACAUCGGCGGCGACGUGAGUAGCCCUAGCUACCGCGCCGUGUGCUCCGGCGAGACGGGCCACGCCGAAGCCACGCAGCUCACCUUCGACCCGGACAAGAUCACCUACCGCCAGCUCGUCGAGUUCUUCUACCGCUUCCACGACCCCACUACCCGGGACCGCCAGGGCAACGACCGCGGCACCCAGUACCGCAGCGGCAUCUUCUUCCACGACGCCGAGCAGGAGCGCGUCGCGAGAGAGGUCACGCGGCUCGCCGACGAGCAGUGGUGGCACGGCAAGAUCGCGACCGAGAUCCUGCCCGCCAGCCAGUGGUGGGACGCCGAGGACUACCACCAGCUGUACCUCGAGAAGAACCCCUACGGCUACGUGUGCGCGAGCCACUACGUCCGCCCGCUGCCGGACCUCAAGUAUUGA